AGAUCUAUACAUAGGAAGUCACAAUUCAGUUGUCAACUUUACUCCGGUCUUGUGUCAGGAAGUGAAGACGUCCGCAGGACAGAUACACAUUACGCGUUGAAUUCUACACUCAUCUCAAAUCACGGCCACUGGGAAAUUGUCUAAAGAAUGGGAGAGAAGGUGUUGGUCACAGGCGGUGCAGGCUACAUUGGGAGUCACUGUGUGCUGGAGCUUAUUGAAGCAGGAUAUCAGCCCAUUGUGGUUGACAAUUUCAGCAAUGCUGUGAAAGAUGGAGGAGAAGGUGGGAUGCCGGAGAGUAUACUUAGGAUCGAGAAGUUACUUCACACCAAUAUUGAGUUUCAUGAACUUGACCUUCUGGACAAAGCCGCCCUGGAUGGACUUUUCAAAAAGCAUUCUUUCUUCGCUGUGAUGCACUUUGCUGGCCUGAAGGCUGUCGGAGAGUCCUUGCAACAGCCUUUACGCUACUACAGGGUCAACCUUUCCGCUUCCAUGAACCUGCUUGAGGUGAUGCAGGCUCACGGAGUGCACAAUUUGGUGUUUAGCAGCUCAGCCACAGUUUACGGUGAGCCCCAGCGCCUGCCCAUUGACGAGGAGCACCCCGUUGGCAACUGUACCAACCCUUAUGGCAAGACCAAGUACUUCAUAGAAGAGAUGAUUAAGGACCACUCCAAAGCCGAAAAGAAUUGGAAUUCUGUGUUGCUGCGAUAUUUCAACCCCAUCGGUGCUCAUGUCUCUGGUCUCAUCGGAGAGGACCCUCAGGGUAUCCCCAACAAUUUAAUGCCAUAUAUCGCUCAGGUUGCUGUCGGGAGAAGGGAGUGCCUUAGUGUAUUUGGAGAUGACUAUGACACACUUGAUGGGACAGGUGUGAGAGAUUAUAUUCAUGUUGUUGAUUUGGCUAAGGGACAUAUAGCUGCGCUGAAGAAACUGAAGGACAACUGCGGGUGCAAGAUUUACAACCUCGGAACAGGAACAGGCUAUUCUGUGCUUCAGAUGGUAAAUGCUAUGAGGAAGGCGUCUGGAAAGGAAAUUCCCUACAAGAUAGCUCCACGUCGAGGAGGAGAUGCAGCAUGUUGUUAUGCUGACGCUGGUCUGGCUGAGAAGGAACUUGGCUGGAAGGCUGAGUUUGCACUGGAAAGAAUGUGUGAGGAUCUCUGGCGCUGGCAGUCGAUGAACCCUACCGGAUUUUCAACUUCCUGACACCAUUCUAGUUAUUUUUGUUUUCUUUCUUUUUUUUUUUUUUUUCUUUUUAAUUAUUAUUUCUGUUAAAUCAAAGGGCCAAAGCAAGGAUCAUAUUUUUUUCAUAUCAAGUUUGAAAAAUAUAUUUGUGAAGAAUGACUGGUUUUAUGCUUGAUACUUUUAACCCAUUGCAAUGGAGGGGUAACCUGAGAAAUUUUACUGAAGUGACUAUUUAAAAUGAAUCAUAGUACAAACUAUUAGAAUGAAAUAA